GCGGGGCGGGGCCGGGGUCCCGGGGGCCGGGGCGGGGCCGGGCUGGCGCUGCGCAGCCGCGGGGCGGCUGUCGCGCAUGCGGGGCUUACAAGGCUGCGGCCGGAGCCGCUACCACUCCCGGGAGCAUGAAGGACCGAACCCAGGAGCUCCGCACGGCCAAGGACAGCGAUGAUGAUGACGAUGUCGCUGUCACCGUGGACCGAGACCGCUUCAUGGAUGAGUUCUUUGAGCAGGUGGAGGAGAUUCGAGGCUUCAUUGACAAGAUCGCAGAGAACGUGGAGGAGGUGAAGCGGAAGCACAGCGCCAUCCUGGCCUCCCCCAACCCUGAUGAGAAGACGAAGGAGGAGCUGGAAGAACUCAUGUCGGACAUAAAGAAGACAGCGAACAAAGUCCGAUCCAAAUUAAAGAGCAUCGAGCAGUCCAUCGAGCAGGAGGAAGGCCUGAACCGCUCCUCCGCUGACCUGAGGAUCCGGAAGACACAGCACUCCACACUAUCCAGAAAGUUUGUGGAGGUCAUGUCGGAGUACAACGCCACGCAGUCCGACUACCGCGAGCGCUGCAAGGGCCGCAUCCAGAGGCAACUGGAGAUCACUGGCCGGACCACGACCAGUGAGGAGCUGGAAGACAUGCUGGAGAGUGGGAACCCUGCCAUCUUUGCCUCUGGUAUCAUCAUGGACUCCAGCAUCUCGAAGCAGGCUCUGAGCGAGAUUGAGACACGGCACAGCGAGAUCAUUAAGCUGGAGAACAGCAUCCGUGAGCUGCAUGACAUGUUCAUGGACAUGGCCAUGCUGGUGGAGAGCCAGGGGGAAAUGAUUGACAGGAUCGAGUAUAAUGUGGAGCAUGCGGUGGACUACGUGGAGAGGGCUGUGUCUGAUACCAAGAAGGCCGUCAAAUACCAGAGCAAGGCACGCCGGAAGAAAAUCAUGAUCAUCAUCUGCUGUGUGAUCCUGGGCAUCGUCAUCGCCUCCACGGUCGGGGGCAUCUUCGCCUAGAAGCCACCCAAACUGCCACUCCACUCCGGGUGGGCCACUCCGAGGAGGCCCUGGCUGCUGCCGCCUGGCUGGGCUGCCCUCCCCACCCCCGCCUCUGGCUCAGAGCACCCACCCUCCCAGCCCCCAUGCUCCCUUCUCUGCCAUGGGUCCUCCAUCCCUGCCCCGUGUCGUGUGCAUGAUCUCUGUGAGUGUGCGUCUGUAUGGAAGAGGCAGAGGGAGGCAGCCAGGGGGCGUGGCGCAGUGUGCACAGUGAGGGGCAGACCCAGGCAGGGCCGCCAGGGCGACACAGGCCACCCUUCCUUGCCUUUAGUGACUCGGUGGCUCCAAGGGUCCACUCUUCCCUGGGGACCUAACCUUGCCUCCAACUCGCCUGCUCUGCCCUCUGGCCUCUCCAGCUGUCCCCACGAGCAGAGCCCCGAGGGGUGGGGACCAGCUGGCCACAUGGUGCUGCUUUUCAGGUUAGGGGAGAGGUGGCCCUGAGGGAUAGGCCAGCUCUGAGCCUCAAUUGUUGAUCACUGCCAGGGAGGCUCAGGCUGCCAUGGCUCCAGGCUCCCUCCCCUGCCGAGGGGCAAAGUCCAUUGGGUCCGGGGUCUCCGCCUCCCUUCCCAUUUCCUCCAGCCCCAGGAGCUACCCCUUGGGCUGGGCCUGACCCAAGGUGUCCCUCUGGAAGCCACCCCAGCAGCUAGGGAGGCAGAGCAGGCUGCAGUCAGGUCCUCGAGCCAGCGUUGCAUGUUUGGGAUGGUGGCCCCUGCUGUCUUGCGCUCUGGGAAGUCAGAUGUCACUUCAGGCCUGCAGUCUCAUCCUGCCCUUGCCAUCCCCCAUCAAUGUACCACGUGGGUGUCAGGUGUCCCGGAUGCAGUAUUCGGCAGCCAGCUGGAGAGGGCUACCUCCUCAUCACCACCUUGGGGCUUCUCAUGGGAAAUGCGCCCCCGCCCCAGGACCCCCUCCCUCGUGGACAGGCAGGGAGAUGCAUGCGAGUGCAUGCAGCAGGGGAUGGGGCUGUGUCCGUGUGCCCCGCCCUCCCUCAGCUUUACUCCUGCCCAGUGACUGUGACCACCGUCCGUGUUGCCUUCAACAGCAAUCCCCCUGAACCCCUUCACCAAAGGUCUUGGUACAACCAGCUGCCCAUUUUGUGAGAUUUUUAUGUAGAAUAAACAUUUGUAUCUGUA